AUGCCAAACCACACGGUGAUCCUGGAAUUCGUUCUCCUCGGGAUCCCCCACACCGAAGGCCUCCAAAACAUCCUCUUUGCCGUCUUCUUGUCCUUCUACCUCUUCACUCUGCUCGGCAACCUGCUCAUCCUCACGGCAAUCGUCUGUGAUGCCCGCCUCCACACGCCCAUGUACUGGUUCCUCUGCAAUCUCUCUGUGGUAGACCUUGGCUUCUCCUCUGUCAGCACUCCCAAGCUCUUGGCCAACCUCUGGGCAGGGAGCAGAACUAUCUCUUUGGGCGGGUGCAUGUGCCAGGUCUUCUUCUACCACCUCUUGGGCAGCACCGAGUGCCUUCUGUACACCGUCAUGGCCUACGAUCGCUACGCCGCCAUCUGCCACCCGCUGAGGUACACGGUCAUCAUGAACCGGAAAGUGUGUGCCCUCUUGGCCGCUGGUACUUGGUUCACCAGUUCGUUCCAUGCCACCAUCUUAACCAGCUUGACCUUCACGCUCCCUUACUGUGGGUCCAACGUGGUGGACUAUUUCUUGUGUGACAUUUUCCCGGUAGUCAAGCUGGCUUGCGCUGACACCUACAUCAUUGAGACAGUGAGCUUCACCAACAUCGGUGUGGUGCCCAUGGUCUGCUUUGGACUCAUCCUCAUGUCCUACAUCAGAAUCGCCGUCUCCGUGCUCAGGAUGCGCUCUGCGGAAAGCCGGCGCAAAGCAGCCUCCACUUGCGUGUCACAUUUGACAGUUGUUUGCUUCUUCUUCGGGCCUUGCGCCCUCCUCUACACCCAGCCAUCUCUGAGUGACAUAUUAGCCACCCCGAUCCAGAUCUUCUGCAAUGUUGUCACGCCCAUGUUGAACCCAACUGUCUAUACUCUGAGGAACAAGGAGGUUCAGGCGGCAUUCAGAAAGCUAAAAGGGGGUUAG